UCGACAAUUAUUCUCUCGAAAAUAAGUAGCUUGUUUUGUGCAAGAAUCGAUCCUCCCGAAUUGGUAAUGUCGUGCGUCGCACUUUCAAUUCCGAAGACCCCAGGAUUGAGGAAGGAUGUCGGGGCUCCGCUACCUAUUGGGUCUCGCCGCCGCCGCGAUGUGCGGCUCAAUAAAUCGUUAACGACUCCAGAGAUAUUCUGUCAGCAGAAGCCAGAAAGCAAUGUUUCUGGAGGAGACACUUUUGUUGAUUGUUCUUCAUUAAUACAAAACCUAAGUAGGAAAAGAAUGCCCCAUCUAGCUCAGCAGCUUUUACUAGAGGUGAAAUCUGAAGGUUUUCUGCCUAACAAGAAUUCACUGUCUGCUUUGAUUCUCUGUUAUGCUGACAAUGGCCUUUUACCCCAAGCACAAGCAGUUUGGGAUGAAAUGUUAAAUAGUUCUUUUGUUCCCAAUGUUCGACUAGUUUCGCAAAUAUUUGAUGCUUAUGGGAAAAUGGGGUGUUUUGAUGAAAUAAACAACAUUGUGGAUCAAUUAAGUUUGAGGUAUCCCAACUUGUUGCCUAAGGUUUACUCACUGGCUAUCUCUUGCUAUGGGAAGUUGGGAAAGCUUAGGUUAAUGGAGGAAACUCUGAAGAAGAUGGUUUCAAGGGGCUUUAUGGUAGAUUCUGCCACUGGAAAUGAUUUUAUUCGAUACUAUAGCAUUUUUGGCUCUUUGGCGGAGAUGGAAACCGCUUAUCACCGUCUUAAAGGAUCAAGACAUCUAAUAGAGGAAGAAGGAAUCAGGGCGAUGUCAUUUGCGUAUAUAAAGGAAAGGAAAUUCUAUGAGUUGGGUGAGUUCCUUCGAGAAGUUGGUCUUCGUAGAAAAAAUGUUGGUAACCUUUUAUGGAAUCUUCUACUGCUAUCCUAUGCUGCCAAUUUCAAAAUGAAGAGUUUGCAAAGGGAGUUUCUCAGCAUGUUGGAAGCUGGUUUCCAGCCCGAUCGCACUACAUUUAAUAUACGAGCUGUGGCUUUUUCAAAAAUGUCUUUGUUCUGGGAUCUCCAUCUUUGUCUUGAACACAUGAGAUGUGAAAAAGUUGUUCCUGACCUCGUGACUUAUGGUUGUCUUGUCGAUGCAUACCUCGAUAAAAGAAAAGCAAGAAAUUUGGACUUCGUUAUAAACAAAAUGAACUUGGAUGAUCCUCCAUUAGUUUUGACAGAUCCAUUUGUGUUUGAAGUUUUGGGCAAGGGAGAAUUCCACUUGAGCGCAGAGGCAUUUAUGGAGUUUAAGAGGCAACGAGGCUGGACUUACCGUGAGCUUAUUGCAGUAUAUCUCAAGAAACAGUACCGAAGGGACCAGAUCUUUUGGAAUUAUUGAUUCUUAAGUCAAUUCUGAAGCAAAAGAGCUUAGUUUCAACAAAGAGCUUCCAGCUAUCACUACGUCCAUCCAAUAAAUAUGGUCAUUUUUGCCAAAGAGCUACAUCCUUCUAGAUAUUCCAUGGGUCAAAAGUGAUACUUAAAUUUUGACGGGGAAAAUUGUCAGCGUCGUGUUGUACACGGAGCCUACUUGAAGUGAUUGCAGCCGGACUCAUUAGUGAAGAAAACUGCACUGUGCAAAUAAUCAAGGUACGAAAUUUGUGUGAAUAUCUAGCUUUUGAGAGUUAUAGCAGUUAAAGUCACUCAAUGGAAAUGUUCGCCUUUGGGAUGAAGAUUGAUGAGUAGGCACUUGAGCAUGGAACUGAUGAGAUUCGUGGGAACAUGGAACUGUAUGCGGUUGAUACCUUGAUUGUCUUUUUCUUCUUCAUUAUUUUUGGCAUUUCCUUAUAUUUAGAUCAUUUUUUUUGUUUCCCUUGUACACUCCAUGAUUAUAAUGCUUGCGCAUCCAAAUUCUUAACCACCAGUGUAUUUAAAUCAGGAGAUGCAUGUGAUUCCAUGUAGCAUGUAAUUCUAGACAUGCUUUUCCAAAUGAAAGUGUUUCAUUCUAUGUUUCUACCAAACAUAUAGAGUAUGAAAAGACUAGCCAAACAAUUUGAUAAA